AUUUAUGUAUUUUUUUUUCUUGGAAUCAAGAUUAAUUUUAGAAUGAAUUGUGCUGGAUCUCAAAUAUGCAUGAGCAUCUUGAGCUUGCAGAUUCAGUGUUUCUUAUAUCUAACUCUCAUACAAUGUUGUCUUGUACUGUCUUGUGUCUUGUGGGAGACCCUCUCCGGAGAGGGCAUCCUGAGCUCAUCAAAUAGAAAGCUCGAAAACCACAUCACUAUACUCUUGCAAACUAAGUUGUUUGAUAAUAUUAAUUAAAAGAACACCAAGACUAAUUGUAAUAUAUAAACUAUGCUGAUGUGCCAAUUUUGCUCUUGAUGGUUGCUGUAACAUUUUUCUAUGGAUUAAUUGUCUGCCUGUAGAUGAGACAAACAGGAUGAGGAUGUUUGUUGGAGUCUUUGGCACACAUCAGGGCUCUGUUUGGAGGAGUCUGCUCAAUGCAAAUGUCAGAAUUGCUUCGUAUCUUUACUUAAGCUACGACUAUUAACACGGCGACAACUAGGGUGAAGCGAGGAGCACUUGAAACAGAGAGACUGCCAUUGUGGCUGAACCAACCCGUACUUGGUCGCGCUGAUGUGGCCUCUUUCGAAACAUGGGACCCUCACAACGGCCUCGUCCGCCAUUGGGAUCAGUGAUGCGGGGGAGCCGGACCGCGACGGACGGACACGUGUCGUAAUGACCUCUACGAAACGUGCACCUCGGACAGCAGGAGGCCACGUCAUCGGCUCUGGCGCCAGGUGAGAGGCGCCGCGCCGCUUGGGUGGCGUUAAUGCGUACUUCCCUUAAGCCACGUGCGACCCUUCUCCCCCGGGGUUAGGACACGUGUCCUCCCCGGCUCCGGCGCCGCGCCCUACCUUACACGUAGGGGCAUUUUGGACAUCACAAACACUCCUGGAGAACAUGACCCUCUGGCUUCCCCUCUCUGCCGCCCGUCUCUUUCUCUCUCAUGUUUGAUGGCGUCGCUUCGAGUCGUAUACGAGACUUCAUCUUCGUGUACCCUCUCUAAUAUAUAUGAUUCUGAGCUCCAGGGGGUUCAAAGAUCUCUUUUUCGUGUUCUCUUCUCUGUGUUCUCCUCGUCCCAUAUCUUCUCUGCUUGUCCUCCUAUUUACCUCUGAACUUCGAGUCGUAGCCGACACCAGCUUACGGGUUUGAAAUUAAUAGAUAAAAAAGAUCAAAACUGUGAGAAAAAAAGUUCGCUUUUUGAUCGGAAAUCUGUGUCUUUUGUUCCGCGGUUUAUAUCUGAUCUUAUGAUGGAAGUAGAGUUGGUGAAAGGGGAGGUGGAGCUGGAACGUCAGUCGUCGGUUAUCGAGAGUUCUCCGAGGGAUUUGCUUCGUAGAUUGUCUGGAAACAACUGCUUCAAUGAGCAGCGGGAGGUUCCGAGCGGGGAGUCUGAUGAGGUCGAGCUCAAUCUCAACCUCGGCCUCUCCCUCGGCGGAUGCUUGGGGGUGGACCCGAGGGGGAAGAAGCUGAUUCGGUCAUCGUCGAUCGCGUCCUUCUCGUCGCUGCCGAGGGAGCACGAGUUCUCUCCGGGAACCCCGACCAUGGUGAGGACGAGCUCGUUGCCGACGGAGACGGAGGAGAAGAGGAGGAAGAUGAAGGAGUUGCAGGGUUUGAGACGAUUGGAAGCGAAGAGGAAGAGAUUGGAGAAGAGGAAGUCGAUCAAAUCAUGUAAUCCGAAAUCAGAUGUGGGUAUGGACGGAGGAAAGAGUUUGGCGCACCCCUGCACAGUCAACGGCCGCCUCAGCCUUCCGAUCGGUAGCCAGUUCAGUGGGCUGUUCAGUGUAGCCACUCCUCCAGCCCUACGGCCGUGGACGUCAGGGUCUAAGAUCACCGCAGCACAGGGGUCCGAGCUCGAGAACCAGACGCCUGCUCGAGGGUUGUUCAACCUGCCUGCUUUUAGCAGUAAUGCAGAUUUCAAUGACACGGCAACUGUGCAAUCAGUUUCUGCUCACAAGACUGCAAUUGCCCCUCUCGUGUCGGGAGCUCGGAUAACCAUUACUCCCAUUGGCGGAGAAGAAGACCCUUUGAAGAAGAAGAAGGUAAGAUUAACCAGGGAUGCAAGUCUGGGGAGGAACAUGAUAGGGGAGAUGCCAUGUGUAUCCACCAGGGGAGAUGGCCCAAACGGGACGAGGAUCGAGGGCUUCCUCUACAAAUACAAAAAGGGAGAAGAGGUAAGAAUAGUAUGUGUCUGCCAUGGCAGCUUCCUAACCCCAGCUGAGUUUGUUAGGCAUGCAGGAGGUGGUGAUGUAACCCACCCUCUGAGGCAUAUCGUCGUCAAUCCCAUGCCAUCAGCCUUAAUGAGUUUAAGAUGAUGAUUACCUAUGAAAGAUGGACGAAUGUUACUUGCAGUCAAAAGAGGAAAUUAGUGGACCAACCUCGAAACCCUUUCGUCGCUCGGAUGAUCCCCCCACUCCUCUCUCGAGAGCACACCUGGUGAAUGCCUCCCGCAAUCAAGAACGUUCAAUAUAAAGUGGACGGGUGAUGCAUGACUGUAAUCACUGGGUCACACGUCGACCGGUCGAUCUGAGGGCCGGCCCAACUUACCUUCUUUAAACGGGCUUUCAUUUGAGACCCUUAAUGGGCUGCAUACCGGCCUUACGCGCAAUAGGCGAGUAAUACAAGUGUAAUUAUUGCUCUACAUAAAUUAUAUGAUAUAAUAAUACGUAAUUAUGGCUUUCCACGUUCAACCU